AAACCCAGAUAAUAGAACCUUCUUUAUUCGGUUACAAAUAACUGCCUAAUCACGCUCCAACUCAGUUACAAUUCACUUUAUUUUCUAUAUAAACUGAUUCCUUUAGUUCUAUCUCUCAAUUCGUGUAAAUCGAUAAUUCAAGAUUUAGCCCAAAUUGCCCUCUAAUAAUCUGAUCUGCAGCAGUAUUUGGAUUUGGAACAGCUAAAGAAAUGGAGGAAAUACAGUAUGAAAAGAUGGGAAUGAUCAAACAAGGAAACCUGGGUUACUUUCACUGGGGUAUUAACACUAAAACUAAACAGAUAAUAGCAAUUCAGACAGUGCCAAUUACGGAUAAACUUGAAGGAGUUCCAAGAUCAGUACUCGACGAAGUUUCUCUAGUCAAGGGAUUACAGCAUACAAACAUUAUAAGGUUACUUGCAGUCCAAGUUCAAGAGAAUACUGUGGAUCUCAUCUAUGAGCAUACGAACACCGAUUUGCAUAGGUUGAUCCAUCCUGCACCAGGCAAGAAUCGGAUAAUCAAACCACCACUAAUAAAGAAAAUUCUGUAUCAGGUUCUGUCUGGUCUCUCCAAUUAUCAUUCUCGCAAAAUUAUACACCGAGACAUAAAACCUAGAAAUGUGCUGAUAGAUACGGAUACUUUAGUGGUGAAGAUUGCUGAUCUUUGGCUGACGAAGAAAUUUUGUGGCCAAGGCUGUCGACUUGGUACAGAGCUCACUCGGGUUGGAAACCGUGGGACCAGAGCACCUGAAAUCCUCUUAGGGGCCACCAAUUAUUCUGGUUCAGCUGAUAUUUGGUCAGUUGGCUGUCUAUUUUACGAGAUGAUGACAGGCAAGCUUCUAUUCAGCGAAAAUACUCUGGCUGGUGAUACGCUAUGUGAAAUAUUCAGUAUCUUUGGUAUGCCUACUGAGGAUACAUGGCCAGGAGUGACUUUCUUACCUGGAUAUCAUUCCGUCCGACAGCAGGUCAGGAAUUUCCUAAUCUCCUCCCACAAUUUUUUGGUUUCCUUUUAUAGCAUCUUAUUUGUUCUCUCCUCCAUGCAGUUUCUAGUUUAUAAAGGAGAGAAGAAGAAUAUUAUGUCAUUGUGUUCUGAUGCGGGACUUGAGGAAGUCGGUGUUGAACUUCUUUCUAAAAUGCUUUGCAUGAAUCCAUCCGCAAGAGUAUCUACGGAAGAUGCAAUAAAAGAUCCGUACCUGAUGGAUAUGAUGGCCGUGUAAUGUAAGUGCAUACAAACAUACAGCAAAAAUAGUCAGACACAAGAAAGGACAGAGAAAAUGUAUAGUUCAUUCAAGGACCAUGCUUAUGUUAACUGUUCAAACAGGAUAGAUCAGUAUCUAGAGCUCUUCUAAUUGUGCUUCAUCAUAUGUAUAAAUACAUACAGCAUUAACAGAUUAUCAUAGAUUCAUAGCAAUGAUUGCAUCAGAGGUCU